AUGCGCGGAGAAAUAUGUGUGGGCUUUGCAUCGUUCCUGGCAUUUACCUCUUUGCUGCUACUCAUAUUCGUUCAUGUUGGUCAAAUAACUACAUCUACAGUUCCUCGUGGAAUAUGGAUGGUUGAAGUCAACAUGUCAACAUAUGGAGCGUCUCUCCAAAGCGCAAUAUUCAAUCCUAUCAUGGGCCUCUACACAAGUAAUGCGAGCGCACCACUACAGGCUGGCCUGGGGUUGCGACAAUUUUACAAAUUUGGCUUGUAUUCGUACUGUGGAUACAUUUCCGAAAAAGAAGGCACCUGCGGGAACCAUACAGUUGGGGAACAGUUCACGCCGUUCGACGCCGUCAUUUCUGACAUGCUUCCACAAAAUUAUUCGAUACUCACAGCUAACCUAAUACCAGGGAAUGUAACCCUUCGUGAUUCCAAGUACCUUGGCCAGUCUACGAAAGCGGCGUACUGGAUGUUGCUUUUGGGGACCCUAUGUGCUGCGCUUACAUUGCUCACUGGCAUUGCCAAGAAUCAUUUCACAUUCUUCGUUUCCACCAUUUUUGCCAUUGCCGGGAGCCUUCUGCUUUUAAUUGGGGCCAGCAUAUGGACUGUCCUCAUAAAAAAGUCAGAGUCGGUGAACCACCUUCUUAUUCCGGGAACGCAAAUUCCGAGUGGCAUCAGUGUUUCUGUGGGACCUGGGCUGUUUCUCACCUGGGCGGCCUUCGUUGCGCUUGUCGUGUCCAUCAUUCCAUACAUGAUCAGUUGCUGCACCUACCGAGGAUGA